AUGGAAGCUUCCAAUCUUCAGAUAUACUGGCACGAGUCUCAACCGAUAUACAGCGUUUGUUUCCAACCUAAUGAUGCUAAGAGACCUAAAUUGCUUACCGCUGGGGGUGACAAUCGUGUUAGAGCGUGGAUGCUAAAUUUUGAAAAGGACAACCAUAUGAAAGUGGAUACUAUUGAUUUCCUAUCGUCAUUAACUCAGCACGAGCAAGCAGUUAACGUGAUUAGGUUCAAUUCUACAGGUGAAGUUUUGGCUUCCGCAGGUGAUGAUGGUCAAUUGCUACUUUGGAGACAAAACGAUGAGAUGGUAAAAGAAUUUGGCAUGGACGAUGUAGAGUUCGAUGAUUUCAAGGAAUCUUGGACUGUAUGGAAAAAAAUACGUUCUGGUAGUGAUGCAUUCGAGAUAUACGAUUUAGCGUGGUCGCCGAAUGAUCGUUAUAUUGUAACUGCAUCUAUGGAUAAUGCGGUUAGAAUUUUUGAUGUAGAAGCUGGAAAACGUGUUGUAAGCGUAUCGGAUCAUAACCAUUAUGUGCAAGGUGUAGUAUGGGAUCCAUUAGAUCAAUAUAUCUUUUCACAAUCUGCUGAUAGAGCUUUGAACGUCUAUGAGAUCGUUAGAGAUAGCGGGGAUAAUACAAUUAUUGGACUCAAGUUGAAGAAUAAAAUUAUCAAGGGAGACUUACCGCAACGUACAGAUACACAAAAUUUUGAUUUAAAGACAACUAAAAACUGUAUGCUUUUCCAUAAUGAAACGUUACCGUCAUUUUUCAGAAGAGCCGCCAUAUCACCUUGUGGUAGCCUAUUAUGUGUACCGGCGGGAAUCUUCAAAUCCGAUACAUCUAAUGAAGUCCAUAAUUCGGUUUACAUCUACACAAGAGCAGCAAUUGCCUCCAGUAUCAAUCGCCCCAUUAUGUGUCUGCCAUUUCUAAAGAGGCCUGCUAUCGCGGUAUCGUUCAAUCCUAACCGCUAUGCGGUGACGACUGAUCAAGCAUAUGUUCAACUUCCCUACAAGUUGGUGUUCGCAGUAGCUACUUCGAACGAGCUUCUGAUUUACGAUACGGAGAGCGUGCAACCUUUGGGAAUCGUCGGUAAUCUUCACUAUACACCAUUAACAGAUUUGACUUGGUCACAAGACGGUACAUUGCUGAUGAUUUCCUCUACCGAUGGGUUUUGCUCUUACGUAAGCUUAGAUCAAUCUAUUCUGGGUACUAAAAUAGGGACUGAUUCAUCAUCUUCAGUACGAACUCAGGCUGAGGGAAUAACUACAACGCAGGAAGGAUCAAAGAAUGUGGUAAAUAUCCUUCCAGUGAAGAGGGCUGGACCCACAAGGGACCAAGGUUACGGUACUGGUCCGAAACGUAUUCACCCUAUCUUGAUCCAAGACGAUCAACAUGAGGAACAACAACAACAACAAUAA